AUGCUGGCAGCCUACACCGCCCUUGCCCUGCUGGCUCUCCAGGUCGGCGCUCUCAUCACUGGGGAGAGCAGCUGCAACACCUACAUGUGUGUGACAGGUCUACAUGACAGUGACACGAAUACGGACACCUAUACUCUGGCCCCUCCCAGAGGCUCACCCAUUCCUCAGUCCCAAUUCGGUGGCUUUGGUACGCAAAUGGGUGAGAACACCGGUACCUCGGCCAAGCCUGACAUACUAACGUGUUCAGGUGGCUCGCCUAUGAUCAUUGGCUGGCCGGGCUCAGAUGGCAGCAUCCUCCUCAGCCAGCGUCAGGCCAGCGGCCACAGCAUGCCUCAAGUGGUCUCCAGCCCUCCUCGCGCGGCGUCCCUACUCCGCGCCCAGUCCUUCUCCAACACCUCAUCCACCAGCAUCUCCUUUACUAUCCCGUCCAAUUCCGACUCGACGUCCAACUCUACAAGCUUGAUCUGGGCGUUCGGGACCGACAACCCCGGGUCAUCUGCCUCGGCGAGUAUGCGCCAACACUCUGGUCACGGUACUAUGACAUUGGCGCUCUUGACGCCUAUACAAGCUGCUGCGUCGACAUCAGCUUCGCCUUCAGGCUCGGGAACUAGUACGCCAGUCAUCACACCCACAGGGGUCGUAGUAUCGGACAGCAGCGGCCAGUCUGGUACCUCAGGCGGACGCAACGGCGUCAUCUUGACGCACGUUGUCCUCGGCGCACUGGCAGCGAUGGUUUUGGUUCCUCUCGGUGUAUUGACACCGCGUCUCGGCAGAGGAUGGAAUACCAGCCGAUGGUGGUUCCCUGUUCAUGCAGUCUUGAACAGUCUGGGCGCUGUCCUCGCCAUCGCGGCCUUUGGCUAUGCCUCCGCCAAGUUUGAUCGUGGUUACAACUCCACUCAUCCUGCCCUUGGCUUGACAUUCUUCAUCUUGAUGAUUCUUCAAGUCCUCCUUGGAAUUGGUGUACACUGGAUCAAGCCCCGACACAAUAAGACCUCGUCGGGUCUCGGCCGUGGACCAACCAACUAUGUCCAUAUCGGUCUUGGUAUCACCACAAUGGCGAUCGGCUUUGCAGCUGUAUAUACGGGCAUGACAAUUGAGUGGCCGCGAUAUUCGGGAAGUGGUGCGGUCGGAAGUGGGUGGAUAGCGGGAUGGGCUGUAGUGGUCGCGGUCGCCUCGGUGGCAUAUAUCGCCGGUUUCGCUCUCCUGCCCAAGCAGCUGCGGAACGAGAAGGCCGCCCAGGAAGUAGAGACGAUCAGCCAUACUACCAGUGCAGGGGAGAAGAGAGCCUGA